AUGCGGGGUAUUGUGCAGGGGUACAAGGAGACGCGAGACAAUUUAAAGACUCACGCUUCGGGAUGGCCAGAGCCAGAGCACCUUUUGUCACUCAUUGCCUCGGAAUCGACAGUCUACGGCGUGGAUGGAGUAGGAAAUGGCCGUGACAGUGAGGCCUCGGAGAUGCUAGUCAAUGCAGUUGAUGCAUCUGCUGAACCUUUAUGGGUUCCUCCAUGGGGUGGAGCGAAUACUCUCGCCCAGGCACUUUGGCAUGUGAAUGCGACGAGACAGGCAGACAUUGACUUGUUUGUCUCCAAAUUGCGAGGGUAUUCCACCUCCGAUCAAGAUAAUGACGGUCCGUGGAUUCGGUGA